CCCAUAUUGAAGAACCGAAAAUGCAGGGCUACAUCUAUAUACCAACAUCCUUCAUUAUCUGCUUAUUGGGCGCAAAUGUAUAAAAACCUCUGCUUUAUUUUUUAUUUUAUUUUAUGUAGUUAACGGUAGUUUACCCAAGUUAAUCAUAGGUUAUGUUAAAAUGAACCAAGAGUGAUGUGUCAUGUUUUUAAACCCUUAGAUUAGAUAGAAAGUGUAGAUUUUAUGAACUUUAACUAAAUUUACAGGCUCUUCACUUUAGAGGAGCUGGAUCCCAUAAGUUGAAUCGACAAUGUCUGGGCGUGGAAAGGGAGGCAAGGGACUGGGAAAGGGAGGAGCGAAACGACACCGCAAGGUCCUCCGCGACAAUAUCCAGGGCAUCACUAAGCCGGCCAUACGUCGGUUGGCUCGCAGAGGAGGAGUCAAGCGUAUCAGUGGCUUGAUUUAUGAGGAAACAAGAGGUGUGCUCAAGAUAUUUCUCGAGAAUGUGAUCAGAGACGCCGUGACCUACACCGAGCACGCUCGCCGCAAGACUGUGACCGCCAUGGAUGUGGUGUAUGCGUUGAAGAGGCAGGGCAGGACUCUCUAUGGGUUUGGUGGCUAGAGGGGUUUGGGGUCCUCACAAGUCUUGCUGUCAAUAAAUAUGGGGUUUAGGGAUGUGUUUUAGUUUUGUUUAGGAGUUGAAGAAAUUGUUAGGGUUCUUGGUAUGCGGCGGUGUCGUAAUUAGUUUGAUGAACUAUGUUUUGAUGUGUUUUGGGUUUGGAAGUAGAAAAUUAAUGGAAAUGGUUGUGUUUGAUCU